GUUUCCUGCUCUCAUUGAUUAGAAAUGAGCCAGGCUAGUGCCCUGCGGGAGAAGUAGAGUCGCCAGUGGAACCAAAGUAUUUCUAGCAAUUUGUCGCUGUUUUCAGGACCUUCCGGCAAACGCAGAACUCAAAUACCGUAUACUCACUUAUGAAUUUCAGUGACUUUGUGUUGCAAUUUCAUUAUAAGUAUUAGAAUCAGUUUAAUGCAAUAGCAGGAAUGUCAACGAGCCAGCGUAUGUGCACUGUCGGAUGCGCCUGUCAAACGUUAUGGAUUUUUUUCAAAAGGGUCGAAAUGAACUGCUAAGCAGUUGGAUAAAAUUAAAGCAUUUUUCAGUGGCAUUUUGAAAGCUGGUUGUUUUCAUCUCGGAACGGAAAUUAUUUGGACAAAGGAUGGUAAUGUUGCUUUGAAAAGAGGACAACUUCACUUGUUUGGAAAAUAUGGGCUUAAAUCAUUGUUUUGAAUUCGGGACCGACAGAUGAAUGCGUUGCUCUAGCCAAUUAACUGUUUGAGUAUUAACAGUAUUAUAUCAGGUAUCAUAAGUGACCAAAGACAUUUGAAAAUGAUGAAGUAUGCCGAUUUCUUGAUACAUUGAGUCGUCUCAGUGGAAGAGAAGGGGUGAGAACAUAAUAUUGUGAAAGCAACAAAGACUAUGGCUUGUAAAUAAGGAAAAUAUUUAACUUCUCGGCGAAGGUAAAUGCUUAUAAGACUGCAUUGUGUUGCCAGUUCCUUAACCUUUUGGUUAUUUACACAGAUUUUGAUAGCCAUGUAGUCUGUGUAGUGUAAUAUAGCCUAACACGGGAGAGGAAUGACCACGUUCUCUGACUUAGAACUUAUAUAUUUUGGAAUUCAGAAACCCACGGAACUGACGUGACUGUCUUCGCGGUGCUCAAAACAUUUUCACUUUGAAGUAAAUGAUAAAAACAUCACAAUGUCGGCGGUAAUGGUGACCAGGAAGGUCACCCGAAAAUGGGAAAAGCUCCCGGGCAAGAACACUUUCUGCUGUGACGGACGCGUGAUGAUGGCCCGACAGAAAGGCGUGUUUUACCUAACCUUAUUUCUCAUCCUGGGGACCUGCUCCUUGUUCUUUGCGUUCGAGUGUCCAUACCUGGCGGUGCACCUGUCCCCUGCCAUCCCAGUCUUCGCGAUCCUGCUCUUCCUGUUUGUCAUGGCCAUGCUGCUGAGGACCAGCUUCAGUGACCCGGGGGUGCUGCCCCGCGCCCUGCCCGACGAGGCCACCUUCAUCGAGAUGGAGAUCGAGGCAGCCAACGGGAACGUCCCGACGGGCCAGCGGCCCCCUCCGCGGAUCAGGAACGUCCAGAUCAACGGGCAGAUCGUGAAGCUCAAGUACUGCUACACCUGCAAGAUCUUCCGCCCUCCGCGCGCCUCCCACUGCAGCAUCUGCGAUAACUGCGUGGAUCGCUUUGACCAUCACUGCCCAUGGGUGGGCAACUGCGUUGGCAAGAGGAACUACCGCUACUUCUACCUGUUCACCCUGUCGCUAUCCCUGCUCACCAUCUACAUCUUCACUUUCGACAUCGUCCACGUAGUGCUGCGUUCGGUGGACUCCGGGUUCGUGAGCACCAUUCGGGACACUCCCUGUACUGUGCUGGAGGUGCUGGUGUGCUUCUUCACCCUGUGGUCUGUGGUGGGACUGACUGGCUUCCACACCUACCUGAUCUCCCUCAACCAGACCACCAACGAGGAUAUCAAGGGCUCAUGGUCCGGGAAGAAUCGGGUCCAGAACCCCUACAGUCACAGGAAUUUUGGGAAGAACUGCUGUGAGGUUCUGUGUGGACCUGUCUAUCCCAGUGUGCUGAACCAACGAGAGCUGCUGCAGGAGGAGGCAGCCGGCCCCGCUGUCCCGGCCGCGCCCGAAACCUCCGCCGGCGCGGGUGGUCCUGAGUCUUCGACCACGAAAACCACGGCUCCACUCAUUCCCAACGAGCACACUCCUGAGGACGCCAGGCCCAGCAUCGCUGCCCCGCCCGAGAGGAGCUCCUCCCCCGGGGAAGAGAAACCGCCCGCUCCCCAGGACCCGGCAUCUUCUUCUUCAUCAUCAUCGCCGUCGCGCGAGACGGACCCUGCGCAGGCCAAGGAGAAAACCCAGUAGCUGCGCCGCGGCGAAGAAGACCAGUAUUACUCUGAAUUUAAAAAAAACGCACUCUCCUCGAGGGAGGUCGAGCCGAACCUUUUGAGAACGGACGUCUGGAAACGCGCGAGUGCCGUCUUAUUAAAAACCGGCGGACCGAGCCCCGCGCCCUGCAUUCCCCCGAGCGCGCAGGAGUGAGAGCCCCUCUUUGUACUGUCCGCCAUUUCGGUGGAGUGCAGGCCCGCACUUGAGUGUCGUUCUCGGGAGAGCGCCGGGGGGGGGGGGGGCUGCGUGAGCACCUGCGCCCUCACCUGCGCCCUCACCUGCCUACACUUUGCAUGGAGAAACCACAAAGGGCAGCAACAUCCUCAGACUGCAAAUCUGCUAAUCCAGGAGCCUCUUGCUUACUGCCGCCCAGAUGGCAGUUAUGUUAUGGAUUUGAUUCGUAUUUUCUUUUUUUUUGCAUUUUGAUGAAAUGUCAAUUAACUCCAUCCACCCCCACACCCCCCCCCCCCACACUCCCAGUGUCAUAAUAUCUCACUGACAGUCCCUUCAGAUUUGUGCAAUUUUUGUAAGUUGUGUAAUUAACAGUGUUCUGUUUCUCCAGUGCUUUGCAACCCCUAUGCAAUUAAGAGAACGAUUGGCACAAAAGACAUUUGUUUGAAGGAGGAAAUGGGGGCAGUUGGUGGUGUGGUGUGGUGUGGCUGUUUGAUUGUACAACUAACUUUGAUCUGGAAACGGCAAAAAGAGAGUUGGUCAUAUCUGUCUCCCUUUCAGCGCUGUGGUGGCCCAUUUAGAGAUUCCAUUUCCCUUUUCCCUGGUUCACUUCAACAGACAACAGUCUAUCUGACCUGGUAUUGCAACUCUGUUGUGCACUUGUUUCUUCAGCUGGUUCUCUGUUCUGCUCUUUCUCUUUCUUUCUGUUUCUCUCUCUAAUUCUCUCACUCUCUCUCUUUCUCUCUCUGUCUCUCUCUUUGUAUCUCUCUGUCUGUCUGUCUCUCUUUCUCUCUCUCUCCCUAUCUCUGUCUCUCUCUUUGUAUCUCUCUCUCUGUCUGUCUCUCUCUCUCUCUCUCUCUCUCGCUGUUCUUGCUUCACUUCGUCAGCUUUCGGUAAGGGGAAGGGGAACUCCCCCUUGCUCGUCCACAUUCCUGGGGCCCUGUCGGGGUUAGGGGCAGGUUGUGAGCCGUGGGUGGUUCUCCGUGUGUUGGGAGCGGAGGCCCGGUUGGCUGUAGACGGCAGACGCUGGUAACUGUGCCUUAUCCUAAAGCUGCACUAGCCCAUGCAAACUACGGCUGUCCGCAGUGGUGCCCAUUGACGUCAUUUCUUGGUAGCCGUCCAAAAUUGCCGAGGUGUGGUAAAAAUAAACGAAAAUCUUUGACCAUUUUAUAUACCAGGAAGAUGCAGUGGAGCAAAAAAUAAAAAAAGAAUUAACUGAUAUAAAAUAAAGCCAUGAUUUUAAUGUACAUAUGGGGAGGAUGGAGUCUAAAACUGCUUUGAUUCUUAAGAAGGGGGGGGGGGGUGCUGCUACCCUGUGCUUUAAUGUCAGUGUUCGUGUCGUCAGGUUUUUGGCCAGGUUUUCACUGUUUCAGGAAUAGAAGGCCUCACAGUUUUGUGCCAGAACUUUCUCUCAGAUGUCUUCGCUGAAAUCACCUGCUCUCACUGUCUUGUAUCCUUUUGUACUAUAACUCUGGCUAUGAGCGUUUUGUCUUUCUUCACCAGGGGUUUUCUUUUUGCUUUUCUCUUUUUCUUUCAUUCUCAGCUUGAGGCUGCGUAGCUGAAAUGAUGGAUUUUCUAUGGCUGUCUCAUUAUCAGGACGGAUAUGUGAGAGUUGGAGUUCUUUUGUUUCACAUCCCUCUCACACAUCGGCUCAUUUCAUGCUAUAUUGAGGAGCUGAUUGUAGAGCCUGUUAGCGCUUGUCAGUCACUUGUUGACAGCUACAGAUUGGAAAUUGGAUUUUGUGAAAUGAAAUGAUUUGACACUAGCAGGACGGUUUGGGUAGGUGGGGGUGGGUUAAAGACACCAGAAAUUGAUGUAGCAUUGCCCGGGGAAGGGAAAAAUUUGGGAAGGGCAUGAGUGUCUCGUUGCGCACUGGGGACACCCUCUGGUCAGACAGGCACACACAGUGCCUUCACAGGCUGUAUACUGAGGUUCCUCUGACUCUGCGUCUGUGUGAGCUUACCUGGAGUGAAGAGAUACAGUGGCUGAUAGGACAUGUUUUGGAGGAGGGCAUGUGUCUGUCUGUGCUCCCCUGAAUUGACCAUGGAGGUUGCAUGGAUGAGCGUGAACAUGCAUACAAUUGAUCGUUCCAAAUUGGGAGAAAAUAGGGGUGAAAUUUUACAUUUUUAAACAAAACAUAGACCAAGAGAUGACACACUGUGUCACCUGCAUAUGCGUUAGAGUGCCAUAACUGCUGAAUCGAUGGAUCGGGCCACCAAGGACCAAGGUGCAGCGUCCUGCUGUAGGGACCAGUUCCACUUUAAGACUGAUUGGUGUCAAGACCCCCUCACGCGGGGGGAUCUCCUGCAUGUCUCAUGGUGUUAAAGUGUUGAUGUUCCGAGUGUGAAUAGGAUGGUGGCUUCAUGAAUGCUCAAGAUGGUGGUUUUAUGUAAUUUGAAAGGCAGUGGUGUUAUAAUUGUUGAGGAUGGAGUGUGGGUGCUCUGUCCACAUCCUUGGCCAAAAGUGACACAUCCUACCCAGUGUCCCACAAAAACAAAAUAAAAAAAUACAUAGUGGCAGGUGGACAGCAACGCACCCAGCUAGAGCACUGCAUUCCCAUUGCCUUUCUGUUGUGUUACAGCAACAUGUCUGCUUCCAUGCAACAUUAUGGCAACAUUUCAGCAGGACUGAAGUUUUGACUCCUAACCCUGUUUUGGUCACAUCAGCAACAUUAAAGAAACAAUAGUUUAUUGUACUUUGAGGCUCUGAAUCCCACGAUGAUUAUUAGAGUCUUGGGUCCAAGGUAGGUUGUCGCAGCUACAGGUGACAGCUGUCGUUUUUAGGAAUAUUUCAUGAUGGCAUUAUAGCAGGUGCAGGGGCAAGGCAAAAACGGAACCCUAAUUUUUUUUUCAGAAAUCAAUGCUGAUCGUACUACUCACUCACCUGAAUGAGUAGAAUGAAAAUUCACACAAAAGGGACGUACAGCAAAAGACUGGAUCAAGGUGUGCACGGUUAUGAGGGAAAACCUUGCUGUUGUGCUGUCUGUAGAUGUGUUUCCCUGAGAGCUUUAUUGCAUAAUGGAAGGCCUUUUCAUGUAAUUGGUACUGUAACUCCCUGUCUGGCUUACCUUGUUUAAAAUGUUUUUCCAGUAAUCUACCUGCCCUUAAAUGACUAGCUCUUAAAUAAUAUGUAUAAAAAUGAUCUACUUUUUAACAGGAAGAACUGUUGAGCAGGAAGUGCCGAACUCAGGAGCUGAUAGCGGUUGUAUUUUGACCCGCUUCACUUGAUUGUCCGAUUUAUGGAAUUUGAUGAACAGUCUGAGGGUAAUCGCUCUAAUGUGACAUUACUGACUUUAAAACAAAGCAGGGAUUGCUACUAUUGAUUGUGGAUUUAAAGGAGAGCAAUGAUGAGAGAAACAGAGAGGAAAAUACUUGUGAACGUUGAGGUUGCCUUGGUCAGUGGCCACACUGAAACUUCAGUGAGGCUUGGUAAACCUUGAACUUUUCCAGCUAGUGACAGAUUCGGGCAUAUGUAUGGGCAUACAAUUCUCAUUUAAGAUAAUGGAGGGAUGUGUAAUUGCUUAUAUUAUGAAAUCAUAUGAAGGAGAAAGCCUUUAGUGUCAGUCAAAAAAGGUUUGAAUAUAUAAAUACAGUAUAUGAUAUAUACAUGUAUGGUCUCACUGAUGGAGAUGAAUUUAGGUUCACUUUGCUUUGUAAUAACACUGUGAUUCUGUAUUGUUCUUCUUAUUUACUUCCCACUUCUUUUUCCAUAAGGAGUCAAUGUGUGUUAAUAAAAAGAAAACUUGUCUUAACAUCGAA